AUGCAGGGCGGCGACGGGAGAUUACACCCUGCCAGUGCACGGCACGCACUGCUCGCGUUCAGUCUGCUGUUCACCGUACUGUGCAGCGUAGCAUUGGGUCAGACCGGCGAUGAUCGCAGAACUGCUGAUACGUCAUCGUCUUCAGUCGAGAACAAGAGCCUACUCCGGGCGAAGACGGCGUACUGCGACACGCUGCUCAACACGAUACGCAUGGCGCUAUGCCCGGGCUCUCUACCCCAGUCACUGGGGAGCUCGGGGUUGCGGCAACUCAGCACGCAGGAUCUGUUGCUGCUGGCGUCGCUGCACAAGACGUCCGGUGUCCUGGACGCCACCAUGGCCGAGAUCGUCAAGCGCAUCGGCAUGCAGCCCGUGUCGACGACAGAGCUCCUGUGCUCACUGCUAUCGACCACGUCUGUGCCUCCCGUGGAGUACACCUUGCUGAUUGGCCAGCUGGGACGGCUGCUGCAGACGGUGACGAGUAUUACGAACACGAGCGAGUGCGCCCGCCGGCAGCCCAUCAGCACGCUACUGGACUGCCUGGGUCUGGAACUCGGCAAGCCGCGCAGUACUGGUGCGCCGCCGUCACCAUCACCGUCGCCGUCAACAACAAUCGACAAUGCCGUCUGCCUGAACGUGGAGUGUCCGGCGAGCAUGAAGAGGACGCGGCGUGUGCGCCACAUCGACCCGGGCGUGAGGAACCUCUCGCUGCAGCUGCAGACCGCCGUGGUGCACCUGCUGCCGGGCUGCUUGAGCGCCGAAACCAUUGCGACACACCGCGACGAGCUGCUCCUCAGCAUCCUGCCCUGCGGGCGCAGCUGCGACGUGAGCCAGCCGGGCGCGUUCACGUCAGAAGAGGAGCGCCGCUCUCGCAUCGUCAUCCAGGUGUUCUGCUGGUUGUCCCUGGUGUUCGCAUCUUUUGCGCUCAUCUCUUUCUUCGUCAACCACAAGUCGCUGAACAAGUACCCGACGCGCAUCAUCGUCUACAUCAACGCGCUGUUCUUCCUCAGCAACAUUGUGGCGCUGGUGCAGGUGACGGGCGACAAAUGGCGACGCUACGGCUGCAACGAGGACGGCACAAUUCGCACCGGCGAACCGCGGUCUAUUGACGACGGCAGCACACCCGAGGGCAGGUUGUGCGCCACCCUGUUUUCCUUCUGUUACUUCCUGCUGCUGUCCGCGCUGCUGUGGUGGCUGUGCCUGACGCACGCCUGGUACAUCACGUUCCGCUCGUUCGACGACCAGACCCUGAAGGAGCGCUUCCGCUUCUACGAGAUCAUGUACCACGUAUUCGUGUGGCCCACGACCCUCGCCAUGACGACGGGAAUGCUUGGCUGGGGCAAGAUUGGCGGCGUCCCUCUCUACGGGAUGUGCUUCACGUACGAGCUGGAGCCGUGGCUCUACUUCAUGACACUGCCGGUGCUGGUGGUCGGCGUGCUCGGCCUGCCCUAUUUGGUCAUGGGUACGCGCAUGGUGAUGACGUUCAAGAGCAACAUUCGGCGCAUGGCGCGCCACAACUCCAUCCAGAGCAUGGAGCGUAAGCGGCGUAACAGCGCCGGCCUGCGCGCCUUCCUGGCCCGCACCACGCUGAUCAUCAUCGUCAGCUUUCUGCACCUUCUCAUCCAGGCGGCCAUCGCCGUCUAUCGCCUGGUGAACGACAAGCAGUGGCGCGAGCAGGGCGAGGCCUACUUCCUGUGCACGCAGACGCGCUGCACGGCCGACGCGAGCGCGUGCGACGGCCUGAAGCCGAACCCGAACCUGGCGCUGUUCAUUCUAAUCACGGUGCUGAUCAACAUGGAGGGCAUCGUGCUCACCUGGUGGGCGUUCAACCAGAAGUCGCCGCAGGAGUGGAAGGUGCGCGCCAGCAACAGCAGCAUGAAGCUGUUUAAGCGCAUCAGCUCGACGCGGCUGAGCACGAUCGACUUGAGCGCGGCGCGUCGCUCAGUCAGUGGCGUCGACCCGGUGGUGAGCAGGGCCACCAUCCUGCUGCGCAAGGACUCGCGCAGGGACGACGACCAGCGGCACGACGUCAAGGAGCUGACGCGGCAGAACACGCGGCAGAACAGCAGCGUGCGGCGCAAGGGCAGCACAGCGAGCUCGCAAAGCAGCGGCGACGGCAGCGGCAGCCGCUACAUCCGCAACCCGUGCUCAACCAACGAGCCGUCCGCCACCAUGCUCAAGACGGUGGUGGAGAUGGCGCCGAUCCUGUCGGCCACCAACACCUGCGACUCGCCGACGCCCCUGACUCCCAGCCCGCCGGUGUCGAUGAGAAGCGCUCGCAGCAUGACCUGGUCCAGCCGGCAAACGGCGACGUCAGGCCACCACAGCGAGAGCGAGGACAUCUCCCGUGGCUCCACGACCACGCUUCACUCGUCGUCGAAAGAGAGUGCCGACUGCAGGCUGCCAGUACCGUCAACACUCAAGAUCUAUCCGAAGGGACGUUCGAGCUCUGCUACGGCGUUCACGGGGCACAGCCUGGCACAGUUUGCGGCGUCGACUCGGAGCGUGGCCUGCUUGUCGCCACCCGAAGGACUCGAACUCACUAGCAGCAGUCAUAAUAGUGAGCAUGCCCUCUGCUCCGACUGAGCUCUCUAGCCGCAAGCCCGCUCCGUCACGGUAUAGCAACUGCGAGGACGGCAAACGAGUGCCCGCACUAGCGGAUAAGCAGCGUGGUUAACGAAGCGCACCGGCACUAAGUGGCGGUAGCAUCGCGACGAUCUGCCAAUCUCCAGGUGCAGCCAACAAGUCCGGUCAUCAUCAUGCGGGUGCCGAAGAUUCAGUCCGAGACCCCACCACCUUGUCGUCAGUCGGUUUAGUCUCACGUCGGAGACGUUCACGCCUAGUUAGCAGAUUGCUGAACUCAGCUAGCCAGUCUCAGUAGGAAUCGGUCGCUCUAGUCCAGUUCGGACUCUGUUGCGAACCAGUCCACUGUUGUUGAAAUCAACCCGGAACGAACGCGUCAGCUGCUGAACAGUGCGUAUGUGUAGAAGUGAUAUGCUUGACACGCUGGAUACACUUUAAAAUUUAUCUUGUCUUUGCUGGGCUGAACACUUCUGCACCAAGACCGGUAGCAAUUAUUCUCUUUUUCUGUGCUCUUCUGCUUCCAAACAAACCUAGAAUCUAUUCACAAGCCAUCUAUCUGUGCUUGUGUCUCCCCCCCCCCCCCCC